AUGGCCGCCUAUAGCAAGUACCUUACCGUGCGCCACUCCGCCAUCGCCGGGGCUGCUGCCGCCGCCUGCGCGCUUCUCUGCCUGCUCAACAAGCGGCGGGCGGCAGCCCAGUACGGUAAAAGAAGUGGAAAACAAACAUUGCAGAACAAUGAGAAGGAGGGAAAGAAGGAGCGAGCUAUGGUGGACAGAGUAUUUAUUGCAAGAAUAUGUCGAAUCCUGAAAAUAAUGGUCCCUAGAGCGCUUUGUAAAGAGACAGGCUAUUUGCUGCUCAUCGCUGUGAUGCUGGUCCUCCGCACCUACUGCGACAUCUGGAUGAUUCAGAAUGGAACAGUCAUUGAAAGUGCGAUCAUCGGCCGCAGCAGGAAGGAUUUCAAGAAAUACCUGUUCAACUUCAUCGCCGCCAUGCCUGCUAUCUCUUUAGUGAAUAACUUCCUGAAGUAUGGUCUAAAUGAAUUGAAACUUUGCUUCCGAGUAAGACUUACCAAAUACCUCUAUGAAGAAUACCUUAAAUCUUAUACAUACUACAAAAUGGGAAAUCUGGACAACAGAAUAGCUAAUCCAGAUCAACUCCUUACACAGGAUGUAGAAAAGUUCUGCAACAGUGUAGUGGACCUGUACUCAAACCUUAGCAAGCCCCUUCUGGAUAUAGCUUUGUACAUCUUCAAGCUAACAAGUGCAAUAGGAGCACAGGGUCCAGCUACCAUGAUGGCCUACUUGAUUGUUUCAGGGUUUUUCCUUACCCGUUUAAGGAGACCAAUUGGCAAGAUGACCAUUAUAGAGCAGAAAUACGAAGGGGAGUACAGAUACGUCAACUCGCGGCUGAUUACAAACAGUGAAGAAAUUGCUUUUUACAAUGGAAACUUGAGAGAAAAGCAGACUAUUCACAAAACCUUCUGUAAACUGGUGGAACACUUGCACAACUUCAUCCUGUUCCGAUUCUCUAUGGGUUUCACUGAUAAUAUCAUUGCCAAAUACCUUGCCACUGUGGUUGGUUACCUGGUUGUUAGUCGACCAUUUUUGAACCUGGAUCAUCCUCGUCAUCAGAAUAGUACCCAUGCAGAACUUCUGGAGGAUUACUAUCAAAGUGGGAGAAUGCUACUGAGAAUGUCUCAAGCUCUGGGCAGAAUAGUCCUAGCUGGCCGUGAAAUGACAAGAUUGGCUGGUUUCACGGCUCGCAUUACAGAGUUGAUGCAGGUUCUGAAGGACUUGAAUAGUGGCAAAUACCAGCGUACUAUGGUAUCGCAAGAAAAAGGUAGGUAUAAAAAGCAAGUUUUGCCUUUGGUACCUGGAUCUGGAGAGAUUAUCCACACUGAUAACAUUAUCAAGUUUGAUCAUGUUCCACUGGUGACACCUAAUGGAGAUGUUUUGAUUCAAGACCUUAACUUUGAGGUUCGCUCUGGUGCAAAUGUUCUGAUCUGUGGUCCAAAUGGCUGUGGCAAGAGCUCACUUUUCCGUGUUCUUGGUGAGUUGUGGCCUUUGUUUGGUGGGCGUUUAACAAAACCCGUAAGAGGAAAGUUGUUCUAUGUUCCUCAGAGACCAUAUAUGACUCUUGGAACACUCAGAGAUCAAGUUAUAUAUCCAGAUACUUUAGAAGAUCAGAGAAAGAAAGGUAUUUCUGACCAGGUGCUGAAGGAGUACUUGGAUAAUGUCCAGCUGGGUCAUAUCUUGGAACGUGAAGGAGGCUGGGAUAGUGCUCAGGACUGGAUGGAUGUACUCAGCGGGGGAGAAAAACAGAGAAUGGCAAUGGCAAGGUUAUUCUAUCACAAACCCCAGUUUGCAAUUCUUGAUGAGUGCACCAGUGCUGUUAGUGUCGAUGUUGAAGGCUACAUUUACAGCCACUGCCGAAAGGUUGGCAUCACUCUCUUCACUGUCUCCCACAGAAAGUCACUCUGGAAGCAUCAUGAUUAUUACUUGCAAAUGGAUGGCAGAGGAAACUAUGAGUUCAAGAAAAUAACUGAAGACACAGUGGAAUUUGGAUCUUGAAGUCAGGAACUGAACUGCUACAGAGACUGCUGAUGACAGGAAGUGUGUAGAAUGGCAGAUGUCAUACAGUAAAACUAUUCGGCUUGUUUUUUAAACAAACUAACUACGAUAACUCAGAACAAGCUGUUAAACAUUUACUAUUAUGUAGGAUAUUGCUAAUUGUGUAUAUGUUGGUUUAAUUAUUGAUAUGUACUAAGAAUGUCCUUAUUCUUGUGGUUUAAAAACCUGCCUAAAUUAAAUUGGGCUUAAAUCAGUGUAACCUGAUUCAUCCUGGGAUGCAAACCAUUUGAAAUCAGCUGAUUUGACUUUUGUAGACCUUCUUUCCCUUCAGUGAAAAGCCCUGUUAAAAUUAGGGUUGCUACCUCUCUCGCCCCUGCAAAGCAGUCUUGGAUUUUUGCUCUGUUCUAUGCAUAUUUCUGAGUUCUCU